GAAUUGGAGGAUGAGGGUUGUGUUUUGGUUCAUAUUGUGGUUCAUAUUAUGAUUUAUUAAUGAUGUAAAUAAAAUGUUAAAACAGUGUUUUAAAUUAAAAAAUAAAAAAACUUCUACAUAAUGACUAUAAGUUUAAAGUGAAGUGUGUUUUUCAAAGUGGAUUUUGUUUAGUUUAGAUACGUAGUUCAUGUAAAGCACCACCAUGCAUAAAUACUACCUGUCCUUGUUGCUGGUGCGAUUGGUGCUGCCAGCAGCAUUCCUUUUAAGUAUAGCACUACGACCAUUUGGCCUCUCCCUUAUAUACCUCCUUCUCUACUUAAUAGCACCGUUCCCUCAAGUUCCUGACUCCAAAACGUUUAAAGGAUGGCGAGGAAAAUAUCUCCUCUUGAAUAUCAUCGUGUCUAUUCUUCUAUUAUUAACGCAUGCAGCAUGGCACAGCGUGCUUGCAGCCUUCGGGAGCUAUGGUUCAAUCCUCGAAAAAUAUCCAAUCAUCAAAGAGAUUGGACUUAAUCUUGGCCUAGUCUCCUACGAUGGUAUAGAUCCACUCAUGGCAAUUCACUAUUUGGCCCCAGAGUUAGUAAUGACAGGCGUAUCCCUUGCUGUAUAUGUAAUGGUCCGGAAACUCCUCGUCGGUUCACCUACUGAGGAAGUUGAGAGGAAAGACUCGAAACAUCAGAAUUUCCCUUUACUAACUAGUGCUGGCAAAUAUGCAGCGUUAUUCCUCAUAAUGUUCUCCGGUAUAAUGCGGCCUAGUAUCACUUCGGGGAUAUAUUUCCUCGUGUUCAUGGGGGCAGCUACAGCUUGGGCUCUGGGUCGGCCAUUGGAGCGCGGCUUUGCGGUUAUAAGUCGAUGUGUGAUGGCCAUCAUGGGGGUCCAUAUAGCUGUUCUGCUUGUGUACCAGUGUUCUUGGCUUAUUGAGAUAUAUCCACCUGAUAUGGAUAUGGCUAGAUACUUUGGUUUAACGAAACUAGUUAUAAUAAAUAGUACAAAUUCAUCGACAAGUUUUACAUACGAAGUCACGGAAGAUCACAUGUGGGCGACGCUGGCGAGCCCUCUAGUCAUUCUGUUCGCAUAUUUCUUUCUGGCUAUAGAAUCUAGAGAACUCUUCAAACCCAAGGCGAAGAAAAAGAGUGCUUUAACUGGUGUAGAAGCGGGGAAAGUGAAUGGAUCGCUAUUGCGCGGUGUUUCGUUCCACCGCGCCAGCCGGUACGCGCCGAGAGACAAAUGGAGAAACGCAACGAAAAAAGUUCGAUUAAUCAGCACAAUAAGUCCAAGCAAGCGAUGGUCCAGCGUAAGAUCGGGUUCCGUGUCUCGACCAUUGCAUCAAGAUUCUACUGGAUCCGUAGUAGUACCAGAUGAAGAAUCUGUUAUGGAAGUUGAAGAACCAACUUUGUUGGAUGAUAUAAUAUCUGCUAUUGUCGACUUUUUCCAAGUUCUUGUUAGGUCAUCCUACAUAGCAACAACGAUAACAAUGAUGGCUUGGAGCAUAAUGUUCCACUCUUGGUUGACCUUCGUGUUCCUAAUGUGGGCUAAUAUUGUGUGGCUCUGUCAGGACCAACGGUCUUUCAUGCUUAAGACUAGUCCAAUAUUGGUCCUAUACGCAAUGUUACUGCUUUUAGCUCAGUACAUUUAUGGAAUGAAUCUGUACGAAUAUGAACUGCCUUCUAAUAUAACGGAGGUGAAUCUUCGACAAAUAGGUCUGGGCCGCGUGGACGGCGAGCCGUGCGUGCCGCUGCUCAUCAAGUCGCUGUUCACGUGCAUGUUCUGGGUGACGUUGCGGCAACGCGUGCAGGAGAUCCGGCAACGUCGCCAGUCCGCCGCCGUCACCGACAUGGCGGCGCCGCUGCAGCUCACCGUCUCCACCGCGGCCAGUGUUUUAGAAGCAGAACGCGAAGACGAGAACCGAUCUCGACUCUUACGUGCACUAGGAGAGUGGUUACGGGCCAUGUGCGCUCGAUAUUGGAUAUACGUAGUUGUAAUAAUGCUGUUCGUUAUCGGAGUCACGGGGGAUCGGAUGACGAUAUUCCGCAUCAUUUAUAUGUUCCUGUUCCUUGGGUUUAUACUUAUGUUCCAAAUAAGUUGGUACUGGUGGCGAAGACUGAUGUAUAUAUUUUGGAUAACAGUGAUUAUAUACUCUAUGAUAAAUCUUAUAUUGAUCUAUGUAUACCAGUUUGAUAAUUUCUCCAAAAUGAUUGAAACAUAUCUUAUGAUUAAUGAGAGACUGCAACACGAUCUAGGUCUUGACACAUAUCAUCCAGCUGAUUUAUUUGUGAAGCUUCUAACUCCAACGCUUUUCUUGAUAAUCACUAUAAUGCAAGUGCAUUAUUUCCACAAAGACUUCAUGGAGUUAUCGGACCCGAAAACAAUAUCAGAUAGCAUAGUUCGAGAAGCUGGAUCCAAUCGACCUAGCCAAGUUCAAUCUACAAUGAAAGAUGAUCUUCCAGCUCUCCCGGACGAGGAAGAGCGCGAGAUUCAAGGAACUAAUUCUCCCAGUGACACUGAAGUCGAACAAUCUAUGGCUACUUCUUCCAUACAUACUACGGCCAGACGAUCAAUGCACAGGAAACCCUCCCGCAGCCGGUCAUACGCGCCAACAAUAACUGAACGAGGUUCAAUCAAGUUCCGUCCGUGGCUCGCGGCUAACUUCAAUAAGAUGCGAGCAUUGCUGUUGCAGUGGACGGACAAGGCGUUUAUAUUCCUCGAUAUACAUCUUAUUAAGAUCCUCUUUAUUUCACUCAUGCUGCUGUGUGUUUUUAAUGUUUGUGCGAUGCACGUACCAAUAAUGAUUUUAAUAUCACCAGCGCUAUUGUUGAAUUCUAGAAAACAACGAUUUUGCAUUCUUAUCAUAUCGACGUUAAUAAGUGUGUACCUCAUGGCCAAGAUGGUUUACCAAAUUGAGUACAUCAAGCAUUCCUUCUUUGAUGUAAAUUGUACCAUGGAGGGUGAUAACAGUACAAUAAACACAACAACAUACAAUAAUGCCGAAUGGAUUGGCUUCUACAAGGCGACGCGUGAAAAGCCUCUAGUGGUUCUGUUGAAGGGAUACAUAGCUUUGAUUGCAAUGUUCACUUUCUAUUCUUUGGUUACGUAUCGACAGCAAACACACAGGGAUUUGGGAGUUCUACCGCAUACGAAAGAGAAGCUGAUGUUCCCGGAAGUAACUCGUAAGGACGCUGACAAGGAUUUGAUACAUUACAUCAAAUAUUUAUUCAACUACGGCUUCUAUAAAUUUGGCGUCGAGAUAACAUUAAUAUGUUUAAUGGGUGUGAUCGGUUCCCGUAUGGACCUAUAUGCCGUCAUAUACUCCGGAUGGUUAUUAGCUCUUGUAUCACUACGAAGGAAACCGCUAGCCAAUUUGUGGCCAGCUUUUACUGGUCUGAUAACACUCCUUGUGCCCUUACAGUAUAUGAUCGCUGUUGGAUUUAUGCCACAGUUCUGUAUAGACUAUCCUUGGAGAGGUGAUGAUCAGCAAAUGAAACACAUACGCACAUGGCUCUUCCUACCAUACACGGCAGAACCGCCUCACGCUGCAAAACUGAUAUUUGAUUUCUUCCUACUGAUGUUUGCUUCGCGGCAACUGAAAGUGUUUAGAAUAGAAAAAGCGCAAGGAGAUAAUUACCCGGGCGGCUCCAAUAGCGAAGAUAUAGGCAAGGAUUGGGAGACGCCGAACUUUGUCAACCCAGUGCCCGAUUUUCUAUGCUACGUGGGCUCCUGGUUAGAUGUUAUCAAGAGGAUGGUAUUCCUGGGCAUGCUGUGGGUGACACUAGCUAUCAUGUUUAUGACGGGAACCAAUCGUGUGAACCUAUUCUCUAUGGGCUAUCUGAUUGGCUCGUUUAUAUUCUUGUGGCAGGGGACCGAUUUUUACCUGCGACCCAAAGACGCUAUAUUGCAAUGGUGGUCAUGGCUGGUGCGGUACAACGUGUGCGUGGUGGUGAUAAAGGCGGUGCUGCAGAUCCCGGGCUGCAUGUUCAGCCGCGUGAUGCAGGAGCACGCGUGCUGGCUGGUGCAGCUGCUCGGUAUCGGCUGCGUGGACAAGUUCGCGGGCGGCAAUAUCGCGCAGUUCCUCAAGAUGCACUAUGAUAAGGAUACGGCUUGUUCUGUGCCUCAAGAAGAUAUUGGACUCGCUUGGGAUGGAGUGUGCUUCGCCUUCCUCAUACUGCAGCGAAGAUUGUUCCACAGCUACUACUUUUACAGGGUUAUCGAUGAAAGUAAGGCGACUACGGUAUUAGCUUCCAGAGGUGCGGAAUUAAUAGAAGAACUUCGACAGAAGCAAAUGAUGAUUCAAGAGGAACAAGAAAUUAAAAUACUUGAAAAGAUAAAAGUGAAAAUGGAAAGAAUUAAAGCUAAUCAGAAAAAAAUACAGGGUGCUAUGUCAAAGGAACCUGUGCAUCACGAUGCAGGAAGCCACGGCGGGUCUGCGCGCCGUUUAUACACAAAGAGACACGAAGCGCGAGGAAGGCCGCAGUAUAAGCCGCCCGCCAGCCAUCAGAAGGCUGUACGCUCUGGUGACUACUACAUGUUCGAUGAAUUUGACGACUUCGAUGUUCAUCUCAAGGACGAAGAAUCGAGCACAGACGAAGACGAACCUAAGGAAAUGGGUAUCGGCAAGUUGCUGUCGACGGCGAUAAAGACGGACGUGCGUCGCGCCGUGUCGCUGCGGCGCGCGUCGCUGCCCGCGCUGCGCACGAGCCGCCGGGCCUCCGCGCCCGCGCACCCUCUCUCGUAUCAGAUGCGUCCGCAUUCGUCCCGCGGGGACGCAACGCAGGACGAAGGGGAUAUUACAAUGCGAGAACGACCUGGACCUUCUUCAGAAUUAGAUGAUUAUGCUCCAUUACCUGAAAAUGAAACAUGGAUGGACAAAGUAAAGGGCGUUUUGGAUACAGUGAGCGCCUUCAUAUCGAGUAUACUCGUUUCGCUCACACGACACCUAAUGAAGUAUUCACGCGACUACCGAUAUGUCUCUCGUACUCUUUCUAUUGAAAAGAAAAUAUUGAAGGAAAAAGAAGGCUUCGGUAUUGGAAUAAGAGAAGGAUCACAGAUGAUUUGGGAACCAUUACCUGAUUCACUCGUACACCACCGUAAGUUAAGUGAGAUAAGCGUGCCGGAGAUCCGCAUACUGGCGCCGAGUAUGGAGCGCGGUCUGGACGCGAGCCCGCCGCCCUCACCGUCUCCCUCCACAGCGUCUCCCUCCACGCCGUCUGACGACGACACGUCAGAACACGAGAGCGCGUUUAGCUUGCAGACCACGGAAAGUAAAGACAUCACGACAUUGGAGGAACAAGACGACUCAAUGUUCAAACAAGACAAGUCACCGCUAGUGCACCUCGGAUAUGCUCUGUGGUAUGCGGUAUUGGCGCAUACAGACAUCGUGUGCUAUAUCAUGGUGUUUAUUAAUCAGAUUCAAUCAGCUACAAUAUUGUCUAUUCCACUGCCUCUGAUGGUCUUCUUGUGGGGAACUUUAACAAUACCAAGACCGACUAAAACAUUUUGGGUCACUCUGAUCGCUUAUACUGAGGUCAUAGUACUGAUAAAAAGCAUGUUCCAAUUUGAGAUAUUGCCUUGGAACCAAAAGGCAAUACCGGCUAACAUGCCUUUCACUGCGCCACGAAUUAUAGGCAUCGAAAGGAAGUACAAUUAUGCGCUGUAUGAUCUGUUGUUGCUGCUUAUUAUCUUUUUACACAGGUUCAUGCUAAAAUCCCUAGGGCUGUGGAAGGAAUCCAGCCCAGAAGUGGAACUGCAAGAAGACAGGGAUUAUCCGCUAACCGCGGAGGACACGCAGAUGCUAGUGGAGGGGCGGGGCGCAGAAGUGGGGCAAAAGUACGUGCAAAUGCACGAGAGGAUCGGCCCAGCAAACGGAUCCAGUUCAAACGGUGUAUUACCGACAAGCGAAGGUAAUUUGCCGCAAUUAGAAGAACGUCAUGACGAACCCGGACCCUCUAAAGAACCAGAUGAAUAUGGUGUAAACGAUGAUGAAGAACCAAUAAUUACCGUCAACACAACGUUAGAAGAUACAUAUCAGCAUUAUCCCAAUGUGAUACUGUUAUCCAUAAAGCGCUACCUCAGCCCGACGCAGCGCUUCUUCGAGCGCAUGUUGGCGCCGGGCGCGCGCGUCACUGCGGACGUGUACGCGUACAUGUUCCUGUGCGAUUUCUUCAACUUCCUUGUUGUUAUAUUUGGAUUUGCUGCUUUUGGGACACAUCAAGGCGAUGGCGGUGUUCAAGCCUACUUUGAGGAAAACAAAGUGCCCAUACCGUUCCUAGUGAUGUUGAUAUUACAAUUCGCUUUGAUCAUCAUCGACCGAGCGCUAUAUUUACGCAAGUUCAUGUUGGGCAAAAUAUUGUUCCAAUAUGCGUUGAUUAUUGGCGUUCACAUAUGGAUGUUCUUUGUUCUGCCUUUUAUCACUGAAAGAACAUUCAACACGCUACUCCCUCCUCCUAUGUGGUAUAUGGUGAAGAGCGUCUACUUGCUACUAUCUGCGUAUCAGAUCCGAUGCGGAUAUCCAAGACGAAUUAUUGGAAACUUCCUCUGCAAGUCCUAUAACUUCCUGAAUAUGAUCUGCUUUAGAGGAUUUAUGGCGGUUCCAUUCUUAUUCGAAUUACGUACACUCAUGGAUUGGAUAUGGACAGAUACAUCUAUGACCCUCAUGGACUGGCUCAAAAUGGAAGAUAUAUUCGCCAGUGUUUUCUUGCUUAAGUGUUCUCGAUAUGUAGAAGACGAAUUCCCGCAACCUCGCGGCGUCAAGAAGUCCACUACAUCGAAGUAUUUAUUAGGAGGAGGCGUUUUAGCGUUUGUCAUUGCUAUUAUCUGGUUCCCGCUCGUUUUCUUUGCUUUUGGAAAUUCCGUCGGUGAACCCAAUCCGCCCACAGAUGUAACCGUCAAAAUACGCAUUGGACCGUUCCUACCAGUAUAUCAAAUGUCGGCGCAAUCACACAAUAUUGAUGUUUUCACAGAGCAAGACUACACGCAGCUGAGCAACAUGUACGCGCGCGACCGCACCGCGCAGACGUUCCUCUCCAACUACAUGUACAACGACGUGGCCGUCGUCACCAUCAACCCCAACUCCACCGCAGUGUGGAACAUCUCCCCGCCGGAGCUCGACCGCCUCGAGAGAGAAGCGUUGUCUAAUGCAUCACUUUCCGUGAAAUUCACAUAUGUAAUAACGCAUCUGAGUAACAAUCCACAAAACCCACCGACCAUAGAGAAUAAUCGAGAAGUGCCGCUGGAUGCAUUUAUUAAUGGAAAAAGGAAUCCUGAAAGAGAUACCUUACUCAAUUUACUAGCUGGCACGGCGCGUCCAGAUGAUUGGUUAAACGUUAAACAUGUAUUCCCCAAGUUCGUGAAAGUAUUUAAUAAAGGAACUACAAAAGCCGCUUUCCAAUUGAUGCCUCCCGAUCCCGAUGGAUAUGAUGAAUCGAGGUCGUAUAGAGAUGUUAAAUUACGUUUAGAAAGAGAUAGAAAUUCCAGUUAUUGGAGAGUCCAUGAAUCUUGCGAAGAAAGGGAUCCGCUUGCACCGAUACCAAUGAACAACUGCGACAUGCUGGUCAUGUACACGUUCAACGAUAAACUGUUCCCAGAGACGCUUAACUUCAUAUCGGGUGGCGGUAUCAUCGGUCUAUACACGACAUUCGUGUUCCUCGCGUCUCGAGUGCUGCGCGGCUUCUUCUCCGGCAUCUACACCAAGAUCAUGUUCGACGAUCUGCCCAAUGUGGACCGCGUGCUACAACUGUGCCUCGACAUUUACUUGGUUCGCGAAGCACUCGAGUUGACGCUGGAAGAGGAUCUCUUCGCCAAAUUAGUGUUCUUGUAUCGGUCACCUGAAACUAUGAUAAAAUGGAGUCGGCCGAAGGAAGAAGAUAGCCAGGAACAAAGAGCUCUGCCCGCUCCGCAGUGAUUUAAAUAUAACACUAAUCUCUGAAGCUAGGUACAUCUUGCGUUUGAAAAAAAUAAAUUUGAUAUUUUUCAUACUCAUCAAACGUCCAACUAUGUGCGUACUUGUAAUUAGGACAAGAACAAAUGAUGUAUAAUUUUCUUUAUAAGAAUUUGAACACAUUACAAAGUGACUACAUUCUGACUAUAUGAUUACACUCGUCCUCUCGACGUCACACAGAGAAAGUGUGAACGAUCACGUCAUUUGAUAUUUUUAUAGAUUUUAGGAUAAUUUUUUACUUCUUCACACCUAACACGGUGCGGUUAGCAGUUAGCUUCCGAUUCGCACUGCCUUUAAAUUACCUAAUUAUGUCCUGUAUAUUAUUUAUUCGUAUCAAUCAAAUAUAAAAAUAAAAAGCGUUGUACAGCAAUGAAAUAUUUAUUGGUGCUUGUUUCUUUACAAAAUAUUACAUUAUAUAUAACUUACAAGACAAAAAAAUGAUUGUUUAUUUCUUAUACUUUCCUUCUUGUUAUCGCACUUUCAUGUAGUACUUAAUUUAACUUCUUAGAAGUACACGCUCUCUUUAUACAUACCUAAUAUAUUUUAAGAAUUAUUAUGCACUGAUUUCUUUUUAAAUUGUAUCUGCGUAGAUUUUUCGUGACAUUGUAAAUAUUUUUUUAUAAGCUGCCUUUAUGAAAAUAACUCAAUAUGUGAUGUCACUAAAUAUUGUUAUACAAAUUCUAUACUUGUUGUAUUUUGAAUCAAUUAUAAUUUAUUAUGUUGAAAUAUUUAUUUAACGUUAUCGUGUUUUCUUAUGGAACAGCAGUUUAAAUCUACCAUACCAAACUUUACCUCACAUAUUUCGUAGAUAUAUAUGAAUUGUUAAGGAAAUAAUAGUUUGUUGAUUUUAGUUGAAGUCAUAAAUUUACCAGUACAAGUGGCAUGAAUGUACAUUUUUUAUUGUAACUGUUGUAUUUAAGCUGCAUUUAAUGUUGUGGUUUGUGAUAAUAAAAGUUCUUUAAAAUGUUAA